AUGCAUGGUCCCUGUGGAGUACUAAAUCCGAGCAAUGUGUGUAUGAAAACAAAUGGCAGUUGUAAAAACCACUUUCCAAAAGGCUUUACAUCUAACACAACUGUUGGAAUCGAUUGUUUCCCACAGUACAGACGUUGUGAUAAUGGAAUAACUGUCAAAGUCAGAGGUAAAAAUUUGGAUAACCGUUGGGUUGUUCCACAUAAUCCAUAUUUCCUCGCAAAAUUUGAUUGUCACUUGAAUGUAGAAAUUUGCUCAACAAUCAAAGCAGUCAAAUACCUUUAUAAGUACAUUUAUAAAGGUCAUGAUCGUGUUGCUUUCAACUUGAUUCCUGGACAAAACAUCCAAGAUAUAGAUGAAAUCCAACAAUUUCAAUCAGCUAGAUGGAUUGCUCCACCAGAAGCCAUGUGGAGAAUAUAUGGCUUUAUUCUUAAUGAAAUGUAUCCAUCAGUUUACAGUUUACAUCUACAUCUUGAAGAUCAACAUCUGGUAGCUUUUCAUGCACAUAACGACCUUAACAAUGUUCUGAGAUCUGAUUUUACGGCAAAAUCAAUGUUGACUGAAUUUUUUUCAACAAAUCAAACUAAUGAAAAUGCACGAAGACUACUGUACAAAGAAUUUCCUGAAACUUUUGUUUGGAAUCAACAACACAAAAUAUGGACUCCAAGAAAGAAGAAAACUGUUAUAGGCCGCAUUGUUACAGCAAGUCCAUUCGAAGGUGAAAGGUAUUACUUACGGAUAUUGUUAAAUCAUAUAAGAGGCCCUUUAUCAUUUGACCACAUCAAAACAGUUGGCAAUGUCACUGCACCAACCUUUCGUGAAGCAGCUACAUUACAUGGUUUGUUACAAAGAGAUACCAGUUUGCAAGAUUGUAUGCAAGAGGCUUCCUUAUACCAAAUACCACACAGUUUAAGACGGUUAUUUGCAACAAUUUUAGUAUAUUGUAACCCAACAAAUCCUAGAGAACUUUGGGAAUACUUUGAACAAGAUAUGUCAAGCGAUUUCCAAACAAGUGUUGCAACAUCAGCAGAUAUUAGGACAAAAGUCUUACGAAGCAUCUCUUCUACACUUGAAUCGAUGGGAAAAGACAUAAACAUGUUCCAUUUAAUAGAACAUGAUGUUUCUUUUGAUCAGAAUGAAACUGAAUCUAGGGAAAUAAAUGAUGAAUUUGCAGUUUUGAUACCAGAAGAAGAUCUUAUGGCUUCGAUGAGUCUUAAUCCUGAACAACAACAUGCAUAUGAAUCAAUUUUACAGAAAGUCCUUCUAAAUGAAUCUGCUGCAUUCUUCAUUGAUGGUCCUGGUGGAACAGGGAAAACAUUCUUAUAUAAAGCACUUCUCGCUACAGUGAGAUCAAGAAACUUAAUUGCUCUUGCAACUGCAUCGUCUGGUGUGCUGCAUCUAUUUUACCUGAGGGUCGAACAGCACAUUCACGCUUCAAAAUUCUAUUAG